UCGUCUUCCUGAAAAUAAUUAAAACUUUCCUACAACCAAAGUGCCUAGCCAGCGAGGAGAGAGAGAGAGAGCGUGAAAACGAACAAACAUUUAGAGAGAGAGAGCGCAGAGAGAGAGACAGAGCAGAGAGAGAGAGACAGAGAGAGAGAGAGAGAGAGAGAGCGCAGAGAGAGAGACAGAGCAGAGAGAGAGACAGCGUAGUCGGCCUCGCCGUGGCCGAACGUCGUCGUCUAGGUCUCACUGUGCAAAAUUGGAUAAGACAUUCUUUUGCGGAAAACGGCGAUGGAUCAAUACUACUACGUACUAGGUUCCCUGGUGGCGUCCGUGAUGGCGAUGGGGCUGUUGUACAAUUUGCUCGCGAAGCGAAACGACCGGGGAGAAGGCAACGCCGCGGCCGACGCUGCUACCGCCACGACGACGACGACGACGGAAAUUAGCGGAGAAUGCAGAUCGAAGAACGACGCCGACGUCAUCAUUGUCGGCGCCGGCGUCGCCGGGGCCGCUCUCGCUCACACCCUCGGCAAGGAUGGGCGUCGUGUUCAUGUGAUUGAAAGAGACUUGACUGAGCCUGAUCGGAUUGUUGGAGAGCUGCUACAGCCCGGCGGCUAUCUCAAAUUAAUUGAGUUGGGACUGCAAGACUGCGUGGAGGAUAUUGACGCUCAGCGGGUGUUUGGGUAUGCUCUUUUCAAAGAUGGAAGGAACACACGACUCUCAUAUCCUCUGGAAAAGUUCCACUCGGAUGUGUCGGGAAGGAGCUUCCACAAUGGCCGCUUCAUCCAAAAAAUGAGGGAGAAGGCUGCAACCCUUACCAAUGUUCGAUUGGAGCAAGGAACAGUGACAUCUCUGCUUGAAGAAAAGGGCACCAUUAAAGGUGUUCAAUACAAGAACAAGAAUGGUGAAGAAGUAUCAGCAUAUGCACCUUUGACCAUUGUGUGUGAUGGCUGCUUUUCAAACUUGCGCAAAUCUCUUUGCAAACCAAAGGUGGACGUGCCGUCUUGUUUUGUUGGUUUGAUAUUGGAGAACUGCGAACUCCCAUAUGUAAAUCAUGGGCAUGUCAUUUUAGCAGACCCGUCUCCCAUCUUGUUUUACAAAAUCAGUAGCACAGAGAUUCGCUGUCUUGUUGAUGUACCCGGUCAAAAGGUCCCUUCUAUUUCAAACGGUGAAAUGGCCAAGUACUUGAAGACUAUGGUUGCUCCCCAGAUUCCCCCGCAGUUGCAAGAGAGCUUUAUUGCCGCUAUUGAUAAAGGAAACAUAAGGACCAUGCCGAACAGAAGCAUGCCGGCUGCUCCUCAUCCUACUCCUGGAGCCUUGUUGAUGGGUGACGCGUUCAACAUGCGCCACCCUUUAACUGGUGGAGGAAUGACUGUGGCACUAUCUGACAUUGUUGUGCUACGUGAUCUUCUUAGACCUCUGCUUGACCUGAAUGAUGCACCAACUCUUUGCAGAUAUCUUGAAUCCUUCUACACCUUGCGUAAGCCUGUAGCAUCCACAAUAAACACAUUGGCUGGUGCCUUGUACAAGGUAUUUUGUGCUUCACCUGAUCAAGCACUCAAGGAAAUGCGGCAGGCAUGCUUUGAUUAUUUGAGCCUCGGCGGUGUUUGUUCCACAGGACCAGUUUCUCUACUCUCGGGCCUCAACCCUCGCCCAUUGAGCUUGGUUGUCCAUUUCUUUGCUGUGGCUAUAUAUGGCGUCGGUCGCUUGUUAUUACCUUUUCCCUCUCCCAAACGUAUGUGGAUUGGAGCCAGAUUGAUUUCGGGUGCAUCAGGAAUCAUCUUACCAAUCAUUAAGGCAGAAGGCGUGCGACAGAUGUUUUUCCCUGCCACUGUUCCUGCUUAUUACAGAGCUCCUCCGGUGAAUUAAGAUUGUGAAAGCUGAAUGAUGAAGGAAAAUCAAACAUUGUAAUUGUACAAAAUUUUGGGUCGUUCAAAAUUCAGUGACUAACGUUAAUCGCUUUGUUGAACAGUUGUAAUAUUUCAUUCACAUCUUUUUGGUUUUAGGCGUUCAUUUUAAUGUGUGAUAACAUCUCUCAUGAAUAAAAUUGCAUAUAUUGCCUUCUCUUCUA